AUGAAUAUCUCAAAAAUAUUUUACUUUUUUUAUUUUUCAUUUAUUUUAAAUUUAACAAUACUACAACUUGUUCGAAGUGACACUUCAGUAAAAAAUUACGUAAGUUCAUCGGAAGAGAAAGAAGCAUCUUUGGAAGCAAAAAGAAGAAAAAAAAGGAAUAUAAUUUUGUACUCGUUAAUAUGUGCAGGGUUAAUUACCUCUAUAGCUAUUGGUGGUGGUGUGGGAUGGUACUUGAAAAAAAAAAGAGAUGAGAAAUUUUUUAAUUUGCCUUUAAAACAACCAGACGGACAAAUUCCAAAUACUAGUACGCCCAAUACUUACAACUCUCCUAGUAUAGGUACAAUAAGUUUAAGAGGACUAUUCACUGAGAAUAUGAAUAAAGGAGGUAUCUCUUUGAAACGUUUUAAUUCUUUUGUGGAUAGUUCCAAAGUAGCGAUAGCGAAACAUUUUCGAAAUUUAAAUAGUUCAAAGAAAAAUUCUUUUAUAAAAAAUAAAAAAAUUAUAAGAAACGUUGUUAAAAAUUUAGCGCUAAAGAAAAAUUUGAAGCUUUCAAGAGAACAAGAAAAUGUUGCAACUGAAAAAUUACAAGGACACCUGAGAGUGUUACAUCAUAAUUUAAAAAAAAAAUGA